AUGAUGGGAUCUAAACAAAUGCCUGAUCGCAAAGAGCUUCGCAAUUACAACUACGCCGUCGCCGGCCAUGCCGGCACACUCUGUACCCCUGACGGCGAGCUGUUCAUUAAGCCAUGUACCCAAUCCGAGAUCGAGUUCUACGAAUCUGCCAAUGAAAGAUACCCCGAAUUCGCCGAUAUCAUGCCCUUGUUCAUGGGCUCCCUCCUGCUUACCGACCCUACGGAAGCAACAAUAGACGAAGCCGUUGCUGGAGUCAUCUCACAUGCCGGGGACUUGAAGACCUCAAAAGAAGAGAUUGUCGCAUCAGUUACUGAACAAGUUGCCCAUGCUACCGAAACAUUCCAAAAAGAGCAACAAAAGGAGCAAAAGAAGGAGGGUGGUGCAGCCUGGGUUCCUGCCAAGGACAACAAGAUCAAGACCGACAAGGCGGUUGUGCUGGACAAUGCCUCCUUCGGCUUCAAGUGCCCCAAUAUCCUCGACGUAAAGCUGGGUAUUAGACUGUGGGCCGACGACGCACCUGAACAAAAGAAGCAGCGCUUCAACAAGAUCUCGGCCGAGACAACACACGGCAGCUUGGGGUUCCGGAUAGCAGGCAUGCGAGUUUACCGUGGGUCGGAGGAUGCUUCAGAAUUGGACGAGGAGAACUACAAGAUCUACGACAAGGAUUACGGCCGAACAACAGUGAAGGAGGAGAACAUUGUCAACGAGUUCCGAAAGUUCAUCUUCAACAAGAGUGCGGGUAUAGAUGAGGAUCUUGGCAAGGCCGUCUGCACUGCCUUUGUGCGGGACCUCGAAAGAGUUGAGGAGGUUCUUUUGAAACACGAAAGCCGAAUGUAUUCUUCUUCGCUACUCUUCUGCUUCGAGGGCGACGGCCAAGCUCUCCGAAGUGCCAUCGAGGAGAACAACGCACUUAUCGACGCAGAGGCUGGUAUCGGUCAAGCAGCUCGCACGACCAAGAGGGUUGAUAGCGGCAUCGCUCUGGACGACGAAGACGAGCUCGACGAAGACUCCGACCUCGAAGCCUCCCUCCCCCAAAUCUACUCUCUCAAGCUCAUCGACUUUGCCCACGCCGAAUGGACACCCGGCCAAGGUCCCGACGAGAAUGCCCUAACCGGCGUAAGGAGUCUUUUGCGCAUCUUUAAGGAGAUGUCAUAG